AUGGCACCCCAAAGAUUCGCCAGUAUGCGCUUGAAGUCCCGGCCUACGCUCGUACCUUUCAAGGACGAUGCUAGCCUCAUUGCCCUUCGCUACGAGAAGACGGUCCAGGCAGAGCCUCCCAUCCCUAUUCUUACACGAAUUCCCCAAAGAUCUCACUCCUGUUCAACCCGCCGAACUUCCACUUCUGCAUCAUCAUCGACCUUCUCAAGUCCGCCUUCCAGCCCCGUCGUUGUUGCUCCUCCGCCCGCCAUCGACCAGCAUCCUGCGUUUCGUUCCCGCGCUGCGGCCCGCAAUACUACGGUAAACGAUUGGAAGAGAGAUUCAGGGCUGGCACCUACUGCAUCGUCUUCAGCGACUAUUGCAGAGGAGGACUGCGAGGACGAAGAGAGCCGUGCAUGCGCCAAGAUUGCUGCUCUGGAGGCCGACACGAUUGUUGUGCAACAAACGGAACAACCUGUGACACCUUCGGUUUGCGAAAGUACUUCCGUCGAUGAAUUGCUUCUGAGCAAACGAAUCUCUGGUCGUUGGUCCACGCCUUGCAUCGGCAAAGAGGUCGACAGCAUGGAUCAUUAUCAAAAUGUGCAGGUCGAAAUUGCGCUUGCGGAAAGAAAGAAAUCUGGGAGUAUUAGCAGCACCUUAUCGGUCGAUUCUCCCGUUGAGUUGCGGGACAAGAGUCUGGGUGACCUAUCACCUGCAUCGGCGCCAAUCAUCUCCCAUUCGCGGUCCUCAUUUGCAGCCUCCGAUGACUCGCCUAAUUUCUCCCCUGUCAACAUCCACGAAGACUUCCAACUCCUGAGCAAGGAUGCCUCUUACUUCUCUCCCAUUUCAGUGUCCAUCCCCACGGACAACCUCCUCGAAGAUGACUUCCUAACAACUCUGUCUUUCUCCAAUCGAGGCAGUCUCAUGUUUGGUGGUCUUCGCGCGUUCCCCGCACAAACCACCGACGGAACAAUGGAUGGACAGUCGCAAACGGACAAAGCACACGCGCCUCCGCCAACCCCCCCUGCUGAUGCCCCUGCAUCGGCCCCAAUCCUCCACAUUCAAUACGAAGAGCCGCCCCAGUCCACUGCCGUCAGCACCACUGAGACCAGCGCGAACCACCUGAACGCCACCGACACAACUACAACCGAAGCAACGACGGGAGAGACGACCACGACUGACACAACGACGGCAGAGACGACUGCAGAGUCGGCCUCGCAAGCCACAAUGACGACCCCCAGCAUCUGCGUCUUGUCCGCGGACGUGGAGAUGGAAUCUCGAAAGGUGAGAUCGCUCUAUGAAUCCGGCGAAGGCCUCAGGUGGGAAGACGGAGCCCGACCGUCGGAUGUUGGCGAGCGUCUCAACUCGACCGCCGAAACUCCGACGGAGGAGGUCGAAAAUGAUCCGUAUGGUUUCCUUUUGCCCGGAUUGUUGCCCGACCAGUACGCUAACGUGUCUCCUGUCUGCAGCGUCGCCGAACUCCAGCCUCCCGCUUGGGGAACUCCAAGAUCUGGAAGUUCUUAUUCCCAACGACCCGAAACACGCAGCGAGUAUGAGGUGGCCGGUGGUCUUGAAGACUGGGAAGACCUCGAGGGAUACGACAUCGACCGUUAUGGCUUCAUCAGCCCGCGCAAGCCAGAGAAGAGCAACGGCACACCCGCUGAGCCUAGAUCGUCGCAGUCAGCGCCCAGAAGGAAGCACGUCUUUUCAAAGCGAGAUGCCUUUGGGUUGGGCUUGCCAUCCAGAGGACCCAGUAGGAAGGUGUCCGCUCGAUCGCUCAAUACUCAAGGAUCCAAGGCUUCGGUUGCGUCUCGUCGGUCGACCCGAUCCGCAAUCAGACAAGCAGGAAACCUGCUCCUACACAAUCGCGAUCGACGAUGGAUGGACGAGGCUGGAGAAAUGCUUUCGCUUUCAUUGGGCGACGAAGAGAAGGUAGAGAAAAUCUCCGAGGCCAUUAAGAAGAAGGAAUGGGAGAGGUCUGAAAAGUGGCGUAAAAUGGCCAAGAUCGUCAAGAAGGGGAAAGACGGCGAAGGCAUGGAAUUCGAUUUCGAUGUUAAGAACCAAAAGCUCAUCGACAGGACGUGGAAAGGCAUACCCGACCGAUGGAGAGCAUCUGCCUGGUACUCGUUCAUGGCAACCAGCGCCAGAGCUCACAAGGACUCCCCGUCUGAGGAUUCCAUCAUCACCGACUUUCAUCGCCUUCAGUGCAGAGGCUCGCCGGACGAUGUGCAAAUCGACCUGGACGUUCCACGCACCAUCAGCAGGCACGUCAUGUUCCGGAAGCGCUAUCGAGGUGGUCAGCGCUUGCUCUUCCGAGUCUUGCACGCGUUAUCGCUUUAUUUCCCGAAUACUGGCUACGUUCAAGGCAUGGCUUCGUUGGCGGCAACGUUGCUCUGCUACUUUGACGAAGAGAAGUGUUUUGUCAUGCUCGUACGCAUGUGGCAACUACGGGGCCUAGAGAAGCUGUACAGUCCUGGCUUUGACGGCCUGAUGGCAGCUUUGAACGACUUUCAAACCAAGUGGCUGGAUGGCAAGGACGUCGCCAAGAAGCUGACUGAGCUCUGCAUCGAUCCUACAGCCUACGGUACCCGAUGGUACCUAACACUAUUCAACUUAUCCAUCCCUUUCGCGGCUCAGCUCCGCGUUUGGGAUGUCUUCCUACUUCUUGGAGAAAACCCCACAGACUCCCCCAAAGUCCCUGAAUCUCCCGUCACCAUGAACGGCAUCGACAUUCUGCACUCUACCAGCGCGGCUUUGAUUCAUGCACUGCGAGACGUUCUUCUUGACUCAGACUUUGAGAACGCAAUGAAGGCUUUGACCUCUUGGAUUCCGGUCAAAGAUGAGGAUAUCCUGAUGAAGGUGACACGAGCUGAGUGGAAGGCCAGACAGAAGAGGAAGUAG